CUUAUAAGAUAUAAUUCAAGCUUCAAGGAAAUAUUAAAUAGUUUAAAUAGCAUAAUAAUCAUUCUGUGUUAUUCAGCAUGAGCACUUCUGGACACCUUCAGUCUUAAAAGCUGCUUUUCUGCACGAAAACUGUUCAAACCUACAAAAGUGGGACAACAUGGCUGAUCAACAAGACUUCACGGACAUCAAUGGAGAGAAGAUUUCAUUAUCGAGUCAGAAUUACACCCAGUUUUGUAGAGAGUUCACUGUCAGCUCUUCUAAACUAUCAUUAUGGAAGGUGAUGGUGUACACCUGCUGUGUGUGGCUAUUCGCCUACACUGCAUUCUUUAUAACAGAGAACACAGCAGUUCUGUCUAGUGCCAUCAUCGCCACUUUAGUUGGAAUGGUGCUGUAUGUGCAUUUUAUUAAGGUGGAUCAUGAGACGUUGCUGAUUGUGGGCUCGCUAGGUGUCCAGCUGUCCUCCACUUAUGCCUCCGGACGUGAGAGCACGACAUUCAUAGAAAUGAGCAAGAUCAAAGAUAUCGUUAUCAACGAGGCCAUCUACAUGCAAAACAUCAUCUAUUACUUGUGCAUUUUGAUAAAAGACUCAGCAGAUCCGGAUGGUGUCAGCAGUGUUGUACCUCUUUUUCAGAGUUCAAAGCCAAGACUGAAUUGUCUGGUUCACGUGUACAAGAGCUGUCAGGAGAUAAUAGGGUAAACACGAUGACGUACCAGUAAAGCCGUCUGACAAAGUAGAAGAGCCAUCGUAAACUGUGCCAGCUUUUCAUUCUGUCUUCUCCUAAUGCAUAAAUGAGGGUUUUUGCAAUAAACUGGAGCUGUAUUAUUAUUAUUAAUAUUUUAAAGCACUAUUAGGUCAAUUCCAACUCCUGGACAGUGUAAUCUAGACAUUUCUUUCCUUUUAAAGUUAAUCAAAUGUAUAAGAAACUAACCAAACUAAAUUUAUUCUGUAACUCCUUUUGUUUUUGACAUUAUAAACUACUAAUGGAAAUUUGUUUGUUAAGGAUCAUGUUGAAUUAAAUUUGUUUAAACUUCGCUAACAUGGCAUACACAAAAUGUCUUUCCGACUGGGCUGGGAAACAGCAUGAACAACGAUUGGCUGUUGUUCAGGGUUAGAGGGUAAAAAGUCGGAUCAUAGGUCCUCAUAACUGGUGCGACUGCGGCCCCUGCUGGCUGACUGAUGGCGCCUGCACAGGGCUGAGGAAUAAUGCUGAUAGGGGUGUGGCCCUCUGUACACAGUGCCCGUGAAGUGUAUGAACUCGACUCGUGCGGGUGAAAAAUGCAGUCUGUACUGACUGUACGUGCCGGAGGGGGCGAAUGUCAGUUGAGAGGCGUCCUCAGUCAGCGGUGAAGGGUCGAAUCAGUAUAGAGGACGCAAUCAGGGUAAUUGGACACGACAAGAUUAGGGGAGAAAAAUUAUAUAAAAAAAAGAUAAGAAAAUAACUUGGCGAAGAAAUUCUUUUCUUGGAAAGAAAUUACAUGUCAUAAGCUUUUUUUAUUUUUUUAUUUUGACCCUUAAACUCUAAAUAUUCCAACAUUUGUUAACUAAAAAUGCAUAGACAAAUUAGAAUUUGUAUUUUAAAUAAAAUAUAAAGUCUAAUGAG